GGUGGCAGGACACAGUCAGUAUGUUAAGUUCAUUACACGCAGAGCUAUUUGGCAAAAAUCAGCUGGCUGUGAGAAAACGGGCUGGACAUUUGAUGGCACCUCGAAAUCUACCUGCAGUAAGAAGAAAUGCCAGAGGUAGGAAGCCUCCACGCAUACUCUUAUGCUCUAUCUGCACACUUUCCUGUUUUCUAUUUAUGGGGUCAGCAGCCAUGUUGGCUGUGGGGUACUUAAACCCUUUUGGGACAAUUGGACUCUCUAUAUUGGGUGCUGGAGCUGUAUUAUACUUUGGGACUAUAUUAUUUUUGGUGUUUUCCUGCCUGUCUGUACAGAGGAAAUACCCUGGAAUGCAGCCUCUGUCAUUCAGGAUUCCCACAAGGAGACCAGGUAGACCACCUCCAACCACAGUUGGAAACCCAAAUAUUAGUGGCCAGAUCCCCAUUCCUACUAUAACAAGCUACAGAAUCCACAAUGAUUUGCCUGCAGGUUUCAAAGAUGUGCCAGGAAAAACGUGUAAAGUGCUUGAUCCGACAGACAAUUCUGCAGCAGAAACAAACAAAGCUCAGAAUCAAGAUGACCAGGUUGAUCCUGAAUUUCCUCAUGGUUCUUAUGGCUUAGAAUCAGGAGACACAUCAGCUGGACAAACACCUCAGACAUUAACAAAUAUUCAGGGUGAAAGAUACCAGAUUGAUUUAGAUGAAGAAUCAAGUAUCAGUAUUCCUGCUAAAGGGGAAUCACAAGUCGAAUCUGGGGAACAACUGCAAAAUGUGGAGGUUGAUACUAAGGACUUACAAGUUCGAGAUCAUACUCAAGGUAAUGGAGAAUUACAUUCAGAACAACACUCUAAUCAGGAUAAAAAACAGAUUAAACCACCUGUUAGCCCAAAGACUGAAAGCAGGGGAAACAAAAAAACACAUCACAUAGAGGUACCAUUUGAUGAGUAUCCCUCAUCUGAUAGCUCUGAGGCCAAGGAAAAGCAAAAUGUUGUAUCAGUUGCACAUGCUGCAAUCCAGAGCACCAGGCCUGAAGGCUCAUCUCCACAAAACAAAAGCUCUGUGCCAUUGCCCAUGGACCAAAUACAGGAUCAGGCUGAUGGCAAAAUAGAACGUAUCUGUAUAACAGCUGUUUCUCCAACAGCAGCAGUGGGAAAAAAUGAAGAAAAAAGAGAGGAUAAAAAAUAUGGCAAUGUACAAAACAGACCAUAUAUAACAGAUAACAGUACCGCAACACAGGCAUUACCACAAAAGGAAAGGAAACCUCAAGCGUCUAAUCAAGACAAGGACUUAUAUCACCCAAGAAAAAACAGGUCACCUCAACGGGAUAAAAUCCACCAGUGUACUCCUGACUCAGUUUCCUUUACUGACAGUUCAUCACCAUCAUCUCCAAAUUUGAUUCGAAAACAUGUGCCAGCAGUGCAAAAAAACUCUGUUUCCCCACCUAUUGAAAGAAAAGCUGCUAUUCAACAAAAGCGUGACCAACCACUUUUAGGCACAAGUCAAGAGGCUGUUGCUGCCCCAAAUCCUUCUCCCAAUAUUCAGAGGAAACAUUUACAACCUCAGAAAUAUAAAACCCAUGGGAGUGCGUCUGGUGAAUCCCAUACUUCACGAGAGCUACAUUCUCCAGAUUCCUCUCCUAGAAAUAAAAGGAGGGCUGCAUCAAAUGAAAGAGUUAUGGCUGAAGAAAAAACUCACAAAAUAUCACAUAUACAAUACCCUAGCACAGACUUAACAACUACCAGUUCAAGGACGCAAGCAUCCUCACAGGUGCACAGCACGCAAAACAGAAGAGAUCAUUUUAAUAAAUCUCAGAAUUCACCAGGUCCAGGUAUUUCAGUUCCAUCUUCUGGUACUAAAAAGACAGCAUCUCCCACUAGGACACAGCAAAUUAAACAGGACCAUAGAGUUCGACAUUCUCAAGACAUUAUAUCUUCAGAUUCUCCUCCAGGCACCAGAAAGCCAGCUGCAUCAUCUCCCCAAAGGCAUCGCCAUAGGAGCCCUGAUAUUCCUCAAAAGAGUCCAAGAACUCAAAACAAAACAGAUAAUUUAAACAAUAUGCACGGGAAAAAAAUUAUACACAAAUCUGAAUCAUCUCAGUCCAGUGAUGUUCCAUCUUCACAAUCCUCCCCUCUUACUGCAAAAAAACUGUUGCAAUACAAGACAGAGAAAGCCCACCAAGAACUAUCUUCAGGUACAAGAAGUCAGUCGAGUGACUCUGAAUCCUCUGGUGUUAGAAGGAUUCAACGACAAGAAGGUCACCAGUGUCUGGAUAAAACUCACAGAUCUCCACGCUCUAGAGAAACAAGCCCUGCAGCUGUCAAACGAUCCUCUCCUAGCAAUAAGAAAUCUCCAUCUCACCAGAAGAGAGAUCAACUGUAAUUACAAAUAAAAAAUGUACAUGCAGUUGGUCUUUAAAAUUGUAAGCCUGGAGAUUUUAUAGCAGGCUGAUUGACUCAUCGCAGAAAAGACAUUAAUACCAGUUAAAUCCUACCAAAAUAAAUUAAGUGCUCAUGGUUUGUUGUGAGCUUGUUGCAGCUAUCAACUCUGAAUGUGCAAUAAGUUCUAUCUGUAGGAGCUGAUUGGGGGGGGGGGAUUAAGGUGAAUUAGGAUCAGAUGUCAAUGAUGCCUACCACAGAAAAUGUAUAAUUCUACUGCGACACACAGGAUGAAGUGGCAUACUGACUUCAUAAGUGUCUGUUCUGAAGAUAAGGUAUUUGAAAAAAUCUUCCGGAAAUGCGUCUCAGGAAGAAAAACAGGCUUGGAUUUUCAGAAUUCAGUAGGACUAAUCUCCCUUUUGUUAAAUGUGUGUGCAAGGUGAAAUAGCUCCAGGGGAAGCAACAUUUAAAACAAAGAAAAGUGCCACAGAUUUAAAUACUAUGGGUAAACCCCAGGCAUUGGCUUUGCGACAUGAAACUGGUCAUUUAAGCCAUCAAUAGCCAAGAUAGUAUUGAUUGCAAAUGCAGAACAAUGAAGGUGUUGGGACAGCUUUUCAGUAUGGGAGGGGAGGGCAGCCUGUCUCACUCGAUAAUAAUGCAACUGAAUUUUUUUUUUUUUAUGCAUUAUUGUGCAAAUCAUUAAUCUGCAUUUGUGGUUUCAAAUGAUAAAUAGGAUCCUGUUUAUAUGAAACUAGCAGGCAGAACGAAACACACACAAGAAUACUCACAGACAGAUACACAAACCUUUACACUAUACACACAGAUACCAAUACACACUGUCCAAAGGACAUUGAUAAACACUUUCAGAGCAAUGUGCAACCAAAUGCACAAAACACACACGUACCCUGACAGACAUACGCAUUCUGCCAGACACAAAUAUUGAAAUGUGAGUUUCUUCUAGCCUCGCUUGUCUUCCUUCCUAUGCUAGUACAGUAUCUUACCUGAGCUUCAGUGGGGUCCUGGUGUCUCUAAGGCUGCGCAUGUUGGCGGUCCCUUUCCUCACAGAAGUGAAUGGGAAGCUGCCAGUGCACUUAGUUUAAGGGCCAGUGCUGCAUAUCUAGAAUGUCAUCUGGUCAAGGAAGAUGUUUAGAAUUCCCAACCACAUCAUAUAGUUUAACAUUGCACUAUCGCUGCUUUGACCUUAAAGGAACAUUUCAAGCACCUUAACCACUACAAGAUGCUGUAGUAGUUGCGGUCCCUGGAGUGUCAUGGCACCACUCCAAACUAAGUAUUCAAACUAUUUCGGAACUGUUUGAUUUCUCACCAAGGGUCCCCCAUGCACAGCUUGACAUGUGUCUGCUGGAAGCUUCAGUGCAGGUCUUAGCUCAUUUACUGAGGACGAUCAGCUGACAAUCUCAGCCAAUGAGCAGAUCUUGGACUGCAGGGAGAACUAAUGGGAGCUCCUAAGCAGGAUAAGUCUACUCUCCUUCCUGCAGUGAGGAGGUGUGGAGUAGUGCCUGAGGACCAUAUCAAAACAAUUACUAAACGGUUUGGCUACUUAGAUUAAGGGGACUCCAGAGCACUCCUGGCACCAUAACCACUACAACAUUCUGUAACAUUGUAGUAGUUUUUGUGCUUUGAGUGUUUCUUUAAGUUUGAAAUUUACUUUGAACUCACUGUGAAUUCCUGAUUAUUCUUACUUAAGUAAAUAAUCCUGUUUGAUUGCCUUACAAUUCACAGUUUAGUGAAUAUACCAGUAGUAUUAGCCUCUUUCUGAGGUCAUUUUCCUUUAUACAUUAGCAAGGUAAGAGAGGAAUAGCAAAAAUUUCAGAAAUGUCAUACAUUCAGUGGAAAAUGUGUUACUUGUUAUUUUUAUCUCAGUAAUGUGCCGUAUGUCUUUGCAAACACAGUUCUGUUCGAUAACUAUUGCAUAAUUAUGCAUUUUGUAUUUGUUUCCACUAACCAGUGUGUUUAUAUGUGUGUGACUAAACUACAGAUUUUCAGAAUUCAGACCAAAAGUUGAGUUUGAAGAAAUCUUCAGCUUAGUUAAGGUGGGGAAGUUUUCCAGCUCAGAUACUUCUGUCUGAAUUUUGCAGUUGUCACUGCUGUUCAGUAUUGAAACUCUACAGAGCGAGUCAGUAUUAUGGCAACAACGAGCCCUAAAUCAGUUCCUCAUGCUAAAUUCCUCGCUUAGUUAUUUUUGCUUAUAUUUUGCAUAAUACUUUUUAAGUCAGUACAGUGAAACCCUAAUAAACCCCUAAAGGAGAGUUAAACUGUGUCCAACAUUGUAGUACAAAUUAUAAGCUCAAAUGUAUUAAAAAUGUAAAUGUAAAUGUAAAGAUUCCAACAUAAUGUAAGUACUGAACUGAAAAUCCCACAGAAAUAGGAGUUCUCAAUCUAAGUAUUAGUAAAGUAUGCAGAAAACGCUACACUUUUUUUCAUUUUUCACAUCAACUUUAUUUGACCGUGUGAUAGUUCAGCGGGUUAACAUACCAACUGCACAAACAGGAAGUGGGUGGCAUGGUUCUCUUAAAAGAAUAAACGUGAAUGUACGUAAAGGACCACUCAAUGAAGUGGUCUGGGUGCAGUGGUCCUGUUAUUUUUAACCCUUCUAUGUAACGCAUUGCCAUUUUGUAGAAACCUCUAGUGGUAAUCUUUCUGACAGCCACUAGAGGAACUUCCAUACCCAUCCUAGAGUCAAACUCGGUUAUUCGAUGAAAUGAUCUCAUAGAGACCACUUAAUUGACCCCGCAUGAUGUUUUGUCGCACAUAUGCACUACCCUUCCCAUGGGAUGCACUGGGUUGGCUGAGAUCAUCACAUUUGAUGAUCUCAACCAAUGAGAAAGGCACACCUCUCUCCUUUCAUUUACACUCCUUAGGUACAGGGGUUUCAGCGUGUCGCCAACACCCGUUUCACUACAACACGCCAGAAUUCACUGCAAGCCUUAUGCUUAAAAGUAGGAUACUGUCAGUGUUAAAGGUGCAAUAUUUCAAAUAAUUGUAAAGUGUAGGGUGAGGUCAGGUUUUAAAGGUUUAAAGGUUUGGUACAUAGGAUUUACAGGUUUUAUUACUCCAUUCUUAAAACAUUGAGCUCAAGAAGGGAUUGGGUUUGUAGAUUAACCUGCUAUUUAAAAUGUUACAACAUUAACUUUGCAAAGAUGUAUUUUUGUAAGCGUUUUCUUUGCAAAAUGUAUUUAUUUGAAAACGUAAGCAUGGUUAUUUACUGACCACAGGAGUGAACAUUUGAGGGCAAAAUGCAAAGUUAGCCAAACCCGAGAAUCUUUUUUGGCUGAAAAAUGCACUGAUUUGAUCAGAUCUUGCCAAUUUGGGUUCCGUAAUAAUCAAUUUAUUAAGUUUACGUUGUUAUUGUCUUGAAACAGAAGAAAGUGCACAACAUGUAUCAGACUUUUGUUUUGAUUCAAUAUUCAAUUUGCAUUUAUAUUUAUAUAUUUUCAGCUGGUACAAAAAAAUUACGUAGCAACAAAUUUAAAUAUUUAUUUUUGUAUUUAUCAGUUAUUUCUUAAUGAUAAAAUCACAUUUUAAUGUAAC